AUGACUGGCUCAAACAAGAAAGUACUUGUCCUAGGUCGGUUACACAAGUCCUCAGGUGCUGUAGGAAGACCAGCUCCGCUCACACCGUCCUACUCUCUCCUCCCGUAACUGUCACCUGACCGCGGCCGUUCCACUCGGGCGCUCGGGUUCGCACGUUGGUGUACGCUGCGACUCGAUCCCACUCGUUCUCACCCGCCAACCGUUCUGGAACAACUCUCUCCAGGUUCGGGUAACUUUGGAUCGUACGUGGCUUCCCUGUCUCUACUGGGUCCCACAGGUUCGCUCCCAUCACCGUUCGAGGACCAUCCUCGGUCGUCGUCAUAGACUCCGAGUCGGGAUACCGCACCACUCCCACUUCCCAGUCUUGGUCUCGACUUGCGCAUCCCACUCCGGUGAUAGCGGCUUGUUUUCUCGUUUCUGAUUUUCACGCUCCCCUCGCAGUUGUCUCGCCGACCACCUCGGUGACAUCGAGCACAAGGUCUUCAUCCACUGUCGCUCCCAAGCGACGAUCGACUCGCUCAACACCCAUCGCAGGAACCCAAAGUACCUCACCGACCACGAGUUCUCCGCGAACCUGACCGCGAUCGGGCCCGAGCCACCCACGACCGAGUUCUUGCAGGGAUGUGACGUAAUCGUGUUUGCGAUCCCUACACAGUCCAUGAGGUUCGUACCCCUACAGUGCCGAAAACGAGUCAAGCAAGCAGAAUUUUGCUCAUAAUGAUCUCCCGUCGUUGCCUGUGAUGCAGAUCCGUACUCAAACCCCUCAAGCUCGAAUCUAUCAAAAAUCUGCCUCUCCUCGUGUUCGUCAACAAAGGUAUCGAGAUCGGGACCAACAAGUUGCCUCUUGAAGUGAUCGAGGAAACGUGCGGGCCCGAAGUCGCUCGCGUGUCGACAUUCCUGGUCAGUCAUGCGUAUACUGUCGAGCGGUCUUGAUCAUACGCAGAUAGCUCGUGCUGACGACUGAUCCGUUGUCGUUCAGAGUGGCCCCUCGUUCGCAAAAGAGAUUGUCAAGCGACAACCGACCCAAGUCUCGGUUGCCGCGCUUUCGGAGGAGCAUGCGACCCGGACCGCUGAGCUCUUCCACCAACCCUGGUUCCGAUGCUAGUACGUCGUCGAGACUCUCGAUUCCAUCCCCUUCUUUCCUUGGAGCAUCCUCCUACUGAUCACGAUUAUUCAUUGUCUCCCUUUUCGCAGCGUCAACCCAGACCCAAUCGGGAUCGAACUCGCCGGAGCCUUAAAGAACGUCUACGCCAUCGCGUCGGGCGUCGCCUCUGGCCUAGGCUACGAAUCCAAUACCCGCGCCGGACUCGUCACUCGAGGUUUGGCCGAAAUGACCCGGAUCGGAGUAGCGUACGGUGCGGACCCUUUGACGUUCCUCUCCCUCGCCGGAGUUGGCGACCUUUUCCUCACUUGUUCGUCGACCAAAUCGCGUAAUUUCACCGUUGGGGAGAGGUUGGGUAAGGGCGAAGAUCUUGAUCAUAUCAUCGAGACGUUGGGUUCGGUCGCCGAAGGUGUCGAUACCGCCAAAUCGGCAUAUGCGAUGGUCAAGGAGAAGGGUAUCGAUGCGCCGAUCUUGGAACAUGUUUAUCGGUGCUUAUGGGAGGGGGAAACGGCGGGUGAGAUGGCGAAAAAGUUGAUGUCGUUGCGGAUGAUGAGUGAGAUGGAAGGUAUCCACGAUACGGGUAGUGCCGCGGCUAGCCCAAAGGGAACUCCCAAGGGAUCCGCAAGUGGGCUCAAGUUGGCUCCUUGA